UGUCCGCAAAGUAAAAUGUUCUCCAAAAUCGUGUUAGCUUGUGCGCUGGUGGCGGUGUGCCAUGCUGGUGUACCACACUAUGCACCGGCAGUCUCCUCCCAGAACAUCAUUCGUCAUGACCAGCCUGUCCACCACCAGGUGGCUCCGGUCCACUACGCCCCUAUCGCCCACGCCGCCCCCGCUUACCACGCCGCCCCCGCUUACCACGCCGCCCCAGCCGUCCACGCCGCUCCAGCUCACCAUGAAGAUCAUUACGUUGACGAAUACGCUCACCCUAAAUACGGCUACUCUUACUCCGUGGAGGACCCCCACACUGGUGACCAUAAGUCCCAGCACGAGGAACGUGACGGCGACGUCGUGAAGGGAGAAUACUCGCUUCUGCAGCCUGACGGCUCCUUUCGCAAAGUCACAUACACAGCUGAUCACCACAAUGGUUUCAACGCCGUGGUGCACAACUCCCCGCCUGUGAUCCAUCAUCAUUAGGAAUCAUGUCUAGAUAGAAUCUGUGAUAUUAUUAGUAUAGUGCUAUAUUUCUAUUUCGUUUCUAGCUUAACCGUUUAUUUAGUGCUAUGUUUGUAAAACCUUGCGA